GGUGUCAUGAUGACCGAGGAUGAAAUUGAUAUCGAACUAAUUCCCUUCCAAAACCCCCAAAUUCCUAAUUUAUACAUCCCAAAGAUACGAUGGCUAGAAUCUUCAUCGGCGUUAAUACAUAUGAUCAAGACUGUCUUUUCAAAGUUCGGAUUGCUUCAUUCGGUUUUCGCAGAUAAAUCUGGCGACGAAGAAGAUUCAUGGUUCUCAUACGUGACGUUUUUCUCCUUAUACUCCGUGAUUAAGGCGAAAAAAGAACUUCAUCAAAAUUGGACCGUGAAUGAAAACAAAUGCUCCGUGGUUCAAAAAAUUAGGAAGUCCAUCACAGAUCUGCCUUUGUCCGUUCGGAACUGUGAGGAGCUUGCCAAUCAUUAUUUAGGUUUCAAUGGCUGGAAUAGCAAGAUUCUUUACCAUCGGCUAGAGUCCAGCCCAAUGACCGAUGGCGACCCUGGACUCAAAAAGUCCGUCAAGUAUUGCACCGCUAUCGAACUAACGUUUACGAUUUAUCCGGGAUUGAGGUGCGAAGGGGCAGGAAUGGCUUGUCAAGAAUUCGACGCCCAAAAGCCCGAGGAAAAGGCCAAGGCCAUGCACUUUGCUCAAAAACACUCGAGGAGUGCUGCCUUGCAGAAUGCGUUUGCGAAAGUGAUUUUGGUGAUAGUGAACAAUAGCAAAGUGAGUGUGGAGAUUGACAACACAAAGCUAGAUCCCUUCUACUACGAUCCCAUUUGGGAGAAGUAUGAAGUCAACGUCGACGAUGUAGAUUACGUGAUAUCCGAGGACGAGGCCCAUGAGUCGUUGGUCGAAUUUGAUCCUUGAAAAUACAACCUCCUGUCAUAUAACGAACAAAUUAUUUAUUUCUUAAUGAGCAUUACUCGUGCAGCUUUGUGUGGAAUCUUGUACGUACUUUAGACAAUGCGAUCUUUAAUAGAAAAACAUAGUUUCAAGACGCGAA